CCCACACAAGCUCAUUUAGGGGAGGAUGAAGAUCGUUUUGAAAGAAGAAAAACACCCUUAUUAAGAAUUGCAGCAAAAAAGCAAACAAUAUUUUCAGGAUGAUUUUAUCAUAUCACAUGGUACAUUUCAUUUUAUUUGCCUCAGUUUCUGGUGGCUGUGUGACCAAGCUGCUCGGAGAUACUCACUUUCAGGGAGGAGACCUUACUACUGUUUUUGCACCAAGUGCUGAGCACUGCCAAGUGGUCUGCACCUACCACCCCAGAUGUCUGCUCUUCACUUUCAUGGCUGAACCAUCUGCAGAUCCUGCCAAAUGGUUUUCCUGCAUCCUGAAAGACAGUGUUACAGCAACCUUGCCAAGAGUGAAUAUGACAGGAGCGAUUUCAGGGUAUUCUUUCAAGCAAUGCCCACACCAGAUAAGUGCCUGCAACCAAGAUGUGUAUGUGGACCUGGACAUGAAAGGCAUGAACUACAAUGGCUCUGUGGCCAGGGAUGCUCGGGAGUGCCAAGAGAGAUGUACAAAUGACAUCCACUGUCACUUUUUCACAUUCGCGACAAGGCAGUUUUUCAGUGCGGAGCAUCGUAACAUUUGUCUUUUGAAGUACAGCCACACAGGGAUGCCAACAAGAAUAACGAAGCUCCGUAACGUGGUGUCUGGAUUUUCACUGAAAUCUUGUGCACUUUCUAACCUGGCUUGCAUCAGGGACGUGUUCUCCGACACAGUGUUCGCAGACAACACCAUCGACAGUGUCGUGGCUCCUGACGCUUUCGUCUGCCGCCGCCUCUGUACUCAUCACCCCAACUGUUUGUUCUUCACCUUCCUUCCCCAAGAAUGGUCAAAAGAAUCUCAACGAAAUCUUUGUCUUCUUAAGACAUCUCAGAGUGGAUUGCCAAGCACCCGCAUUCAGAAGAACAAAGCUCUUUCCGGUUUCAGCCUGCAGAACUGCAGGCACAGCGUUCCAGUGUUCUGUCACUCUUCAUUUUACCGUGACACCGACUUCUUGGGAGAAGAACUGGACAUCGUGGAUGUGCAAGGCCAUGAAGCCUGCCAGCAAAAGUGCACAGAUGCCGUCCGCUGUCAGUUUUUCACCUUCUACCCGUGUGGAGAACACUGCAGCGAAAGGAAGGGCAAAUGUCACCUAAAACUUUCUUCAAAUGGGUCUCCAACCAAAAUACUUCAUGGGAGAGGAGGCAUCUCUGGAUACACAUUAAGGUUAUGUAAGAUGGAUAAUGCAUGUACAACCAAAAUCAAGCCCAGAAUUGUUGGAGGAAAUGCAUCUGUUCCUGGAGAGUGGCCAUGGCAGAUAACUUUGCAUGCCAAGUCAUCCACCUGGGGACACCUGUGUGGAGGCUCCAUCAUUGGAAACCAGUGGAUAGUAACAGCUGCUCAUUGUUUCUAUGGGGUGAAGUCACCUAAAAUUUUGCGUGUCUAUGGUGGCAUUUUAAAUCAAUCUGAAAUAAAAGAGGAUACACCUUUCUUUGAGGUUCAAGAAAUAAUCAUUCAUGAUCGAUAUGAAUCGGCAGAAAGUGGGUUUGAUAUUGCCUUGCUGAAACUCAAAACACCAAUGAAUUAUACAGAUUCUCAACGACCCAUAUGCCUACCCUCCAAAGGAGAUAAAAAUGUCAUAUACAGUGACUGCUGGGUGACUGGAUGGGGGUACAGAAAAUUAAAAGACACAAUACAAGAUACUCUUCAGAAAGUCAAGAUACCUUUGGUGUCCAGUGAAGAAUGCCAGGCCAGAUACAGAAGUCAUAAAAUUACCAGUAAGAUGCUCUGUGCAGGCUACCAGGAAGGAGGGCGGGACGCCUGUAAGGGAGACUCAGGGGGCCCCCUGUCCUGUAAACACAACGAGGUCUGGCAUUUGGUGGGCAUCACAAGUUGGGGCGAAGGCUGUGCUCAAAGGGAGAGACCAGGCGUGUACACCAAUGUGGUCGAGUACGUGGACUGGAUUUUAGAGAAGACUCAAUCAGAGAGGAAGCGCCCACCUGCCGUCUGACCCCUGAAGGGCACACUGGACUGUUUCUGGGAAGACGGUUUUGAUUUCGCUGAAGGUGACCCUGCGCCUUCCACUUCCUUCCCAGCAAUACGUGGCAGGGGCGUGGCUUUUGUAAGCAAAACACCCAAAGAAAACCAAUUGUCAUUGCAAGACCCCCAUUCUGUGAGAACCCUAGUUUAUUUUCAGCCUCUAGUCUCUUGCUUUUG